AUGAUUUAAUCUGAAUAUCCUCUCUGUCCUAAACACUAAAAUCCAAUAAGAUUCAUAGAUAUACAGGAGAAUGUUCCCAAAAUUUAAAGAACUUUGUGUGAUGAAUGCUACUUGAACAAUCCCUUAUCCAUUCAUUAAGCAUUGGACUACCUCUGUUAACAAUAAAAUUAACCUUUCAAAAAGGAAACAACUCUUGAAAAAUGCAAAGAAGAAUAUCUAGUAAUGAAAAACAAAGUUGUUGAAAAUUUAAAGUAAGCAUUUGCUUAAAUUGAAAUGGAGAUUGAAAAAGAAAUGAAUACAUAAAAGACUGCUAUUAAUGAUAGUGUAUUUCAAUAUUAUUUGGGGAAAUAAACCACUUUACUUUUGGAAGAUUACCAACAAUUAGGUGAGUUGUUGAGUGCUUAAUUAGAAAAGAAAGGAGAAAAUCUUAUACAAAAACAAAAUGAAAAAAACUCUUAAAUUUAGUUUGCCAAGCAAUUACAAAAAAAUAUCAAUAUAUUAAGAGAAAUUUCUUUGAACAUCAGUAAAAUCAUUCCUUAUGUGAAAUACAACCAAGAAAGGGAGGUAAUUACACCAAAUAAUUUAUUUGUUAAAUUGGAUGGUUAAUUUAUAGUGAAGUAGUAAUUGGAUAAUCUGGAAAACAUAAAGUGCGUAGACUAUCACAGAUAACUUUAAACGCUUAUCUUUGGUUGUUAUAAAUUCAAAAUGGAUUAGAAUGAAUUGGCCAUUAUUAGAUUUGAUAAGCAUUUUAAUGUAUUUCUUAAGGAGGAGUAUACAAGUCAUCAAAGAACAAUCAACUGCAUAAAAUCAUCAUUACUAUCUAAUUUCUGCAUUACAGGGAGCGAGGACAAUACUGUAAAGGUAUGGAAAAUAGUUCAAGAAGGUCUUUGUUGUGAGUAAACUUUGGAAGGGCAUCAAGAUUCAAUCAUAUGCAUUUGUUUAAACAGAGCUGAGAACAUAUUGGCCAGUGGAAGUUCGGAUACCCUUAUUAUUGUUUGGUAUUUAAAUGUAUAAAACAUAUGGCAAAAGGCACAAACAAUAGUAGAUUCUCCUAGAAUAACGCUGUGCAUUAAUUUCAACAGGUAGUCUAAUUUAAUGGUUACUGGCUGUAUUGAUCACUCAAUUUACGUUUGGAGUGUGGUGAAUGAGAAAUGGAGAGGUUAGAGGAUAGAUAAGGCUCAUAAUAGAUCAGUGAAUGCCAUAUGUUUUAUCAAUCAGACAAGAUUUGCGAGUGCUUCUUGGGAUUCAGCUAUAAAGGUCUGGGACAGAUAGAAUACGAAUUAGCAUUAUGCAUAGAUUUUCUUAACAGCAACUCACUAUGGUCCGAUUGUGAACCUGAUGUUGAUCGAGGAGAGCAAUCAUUUGAUUAGCUGCGCCUAUGAUACAACAGUAAUUUGGAGUAUUGAUUCUCAAGAUCUAAUAGUAAAGAAACAAAAGAUUACAGCCGCCAAGGGGAUAUGCUAAAUCAAUGAGUAAAAAUUAUCAAUAAUCACGUAUGAAAAUCAAUUAAAGAUUUAUUCAUUGGAGUAAUGA